UUUUGCUUUUGUUUGAAAAAAAUUGUUUUGUUAAUUAUUUUUAUUUUUUUAUUUUAUUAUUGAAAAGCAAUUAUUAACCAAAAAAAGAGUAGAAACGAAAAAAAGAUGUCUUCGUUAAAUUAUUAUGGAAUUAAAAAACGAUUGAAUGCAUUAACUUUAAUUAAACGAAAUAUUAUUGACUCUGCAUCUUUAUCUUUUACAACAGAAGUAAAAACUUCCACCGAAAUUGUUAUGAAAAGCAUAAAUUCCACCAUAAUUCAAAUAUCUUCAAAAUUGAUUUCAUUCGAAAUCACAAAAGAAACAUUUCAAAAAGAUUCCGAUGGCUAUCAAACUUUAGUGGCAAUAUACAAAUAUGAUAAACUUUUAUUUGAUCAAGUUAUUGAGAGAAUUUUCAAUGAAAUAGUUGAAGAUGACAAUUUCAAAAAAAUCAUAAAAUUUUUAACAACAUUGGAAGACAAUUGCAUUAAAACAGAUGCAUUUUGUAAAUUAUAUAAAUUUAUAUCACGAAUUUAUGAGAAUUUGUGGGGAUUUGAAUGCGCUGUUAGUAAAUUGUUAAAAGAUGAACAUCUAAAACCAGAAGAAAUAGAGAAAUUACAAAAUCUGUUGAAGGAUAUAAAAGAAUGUUCUCAAAGGCAUUUAAUAGCUUCUUCGAUAGCCAGCAGUUUUGAAUACGACUACUAAAUUGGUAUCUAUUAACUCUUAUUAGAUGACACCCUUAAAUAAAUUAUACUGAUGCCGAUUUUGGACCAUUUUUUGUAAAUUAUUAAGCUGAAAAAUAAAAAAAAAAAAGUAGAAAUGUUUAUUAAUAUUCUGCAUUCGUUGACUGUCAAGGUAAUCAUUAUAGCCGUGAUUUAUUGGUAACUACCUAUGUUCGUACUUCGUAGAACAACUUAAGAAUUACUUAGAAUCAGGCGCGGAUCUAGAAAUUCACAAAACUUAUAUUGUCCAAAAUACAGUCGACUCCCUCUAAAUCGAACUUUUUCACCAUUUUUAGUGAACAAUUUUGAAGACAAAAAAUAUUAAAUAUAUCCCUCUACCUCGAAUUUCCCUUUAACUCGACCUGAUUUUCGAAUCCCGUAAAAGUUCGACUCAGAGGGAGUCGUUUGUAAACAGAACAAAAUGGUGAAAUGCACAAAAGAUUUGUAUUAAAAAAAAAAAAAACAUGUAGGUAUGUAGCGCGAAAUUGAUAUUUUAAAUAUUUUUGUUUUUAUGUUUAAAAUCUAGGUAGUAUGCAGAACGAGCUUAAUUUUAACUCAAACAUACAAAAUUGUAUUCAAAAUCUUAAAUCAAAUCUAUUUUCGAGAAGAUUCGUAUUGAUUUAAAUUAUUAUAAAGAUGCUUUUUUAGAAAAGAAAUUUUGCAAAGUCGUUAGAGCUAGAGCAGCUUUUUCAGAAAUUAAAAAAUCACGAUUCAAAAGUUGGAAUGUCAUUAUUUUGUAAUUUUUUAUCAACGAUAAAA